AAGACGUCUCACUUGGGGAAGCUUUUCAAGCAAUGGCCGAUGAGAUUUUUAAGGCAUUCAUCGGUGGGCUCCCCUAUGACUCCAUCGCCACUGACAUCGAAACUAUAUUAAAGCACUGCAAGUUCACAGAUGAAGAGCUCAAAAAGUUCGAUAUUCAUCUUGUGCACGACAGAGAUUCUGGAAGUUUCAAGGGAUUCGCAUAUGUCACUUUUGAGAAUGAACAACAGAUGAAUACUGCUAUCAGUGGCCUUAAUGGAGCCGAUUUCGGAAAUCGCGUACUCAAGGUUAAUCGUGCCCAACAGCGCGAUCGCAGUGACCGCGGAGGUGGUCGUGGAGGACGCGGAGGAAACUUCGGAGAUCGCGGAGGACGUGGUCGUGGAGCAGGAGGCUUCCGGCGUGGCGGUGAAGGUGGCCGCUUCAACGAAGGAGAGCGUCGUGGCGGAUUUGGCGGCGGAGGACAUCGCGGUGGAUACCGACAACGUCGCGAGAGCGAAGAACAACACAAAGCCGAGGAAACUUCAGAUCCAUCAGCUCCGCCAGCAGAACGUCCACGUCUCAACCUGAAGCCCCGUACCACAGAUGCCGCUGAGAUCGAGGCUCGCAAGAAGCAAGAAGAAGAGGAGACCAAGAGACGCCAGGAGAAGCUUUUCCAAUAAACUUUUUUUCGAUUUUUCCCUGAAUUUCGAUCCGCGAAUGACACGAAAUCCUGCAAUCAUAGGAGCCUAUCCCCUAAUUUGUCCCCUCGUCACUUUCCGUCAAGUUCCGCUGGUAUAACCAUUUCUUCAACCCCUUCUGAAUGUCUAAUGAUCACAAAUUACCUCAGAAUCCUUUCACAUAAAAAGUUUGUUUGUUGUUAAACCCCAAAAAGUCCCAAAAGCAUAUAUUUUCCCCCACCUACUUGUUGUUCUGUUGAUUUUACUAGUUAUUCCUUUAUUUUUCUUUAUAGAAAUACACUAAAAACAUGCGAAAUAUAUGAAUAAUCAAUAAAAAAAUAUUUUUAU